ACUGCGUACAAAGUGAAAAACACUCCCAUUUUGAUUAUUGUGCAGUCAGUAUGUCGUUGUUUGGUGUAAAUAUUCUCUGAAUAAAUCCACUAGCUCGUAAUCUGUUGUGAGAAUAUUGGAAUCUAGUGUAAGCAUAUUUCACACGGGCUUUCGUCAUCAGAUUCAGAAACAGUGUAAGUGGUAGUGGCGUGAGUAAUUUUAUUGCACCUCUUCGUGGGAAGGUGUCAUCAGCAGACUACGGCUGGAACACGGAAAUAGUGAUUAGGGAGCCAUCGAAUUACGGAACAAUGGACAACGAAAGCACAUUCGAGGAAAUUUUCAUUCAGCAUGGCGUGACGCUGAAAAAGGCCAGUGCAAGCUAUAUGUCCGCUCUCAACACGAUUGGUGUACUGUACUUUUGUAAAUAUCAUAAAGGGAAUGUUCACUUCUUCGAGUGGAAGGUUACGGAAAUGUGCGAAAUCAUGGACACCGACAGUCAGGACAGCGAUUGGUCCCUGGUGCAUACUUUAACUGUAUCUUCCGAUAAAACAUCAGACGAAAAUCCAAACGCUGAGAACGAUUCACAGAAGAACUCCAAAAUUACCAUCCGAGUGCUGUUCCGAGAUCUUAGAGGAAUCGAAUUCAGCAAGAACGAGCUUCGUUUGUACAAUCAAGACUUGACCGUUCACAGUCUAUAUUUGUUCAAUCAUGGUUCGCCACAUUCAUUUGUGGACUUUCUCGAGCGAAAGCGAUUCGUUCGAAGGAGCACUCGCCGAAAGCACUUCUAUCAUUGUUUGGAAGAAGCAGACAACGACAAGCUGCAGAAAUCAUUCUCAGAGCUCAACAUCGAAGACAUCAGAAACAGACCUCGCACUACGAAUAAUUACAUGGGUUUACUAUCCCGGCUGGCCAACGUACACCAAAUAUUGCCUUUAAGCAAACAGCCUGGAGAAACCAGGACCCGCAUUAGUCCACCGCAAGAGGAUGGCGCGACUAGCAAUGGAACCGACGAAGUUAAUGGUAGCAAAAGUGACGAAAGUAAUGAGGCUGAAUGCAACAAACUGGCACCCCGGCCUGACGUGCAUCGAGGCGAAUCCUUGGAUGCCAAGAAGUGGGCUGAAUUUCGAGCAUCUAAUGGAUCGAUUACUGAUGCAGACCGAGUGAAAGAUAUCAUCUUCAGAGGAGGCAUCACCGAUGAGAUCCGUGCUGAGGUAUGGAAGUACCUGCUUGAUUUGGACAUUUGGGAUCAUACCACCGCUCAAAGGGAAGAAAGAAGAAUGACCAAAACCGAAGAAUACUUCCUAAUGAAACUCCAGUGGCAGACGAUGACAGACAUUCAGGAGCGUAACUUUACUGGCUAUCGAGAACGCAAAUGCCAAAUUGAAAAGGACGUGAAACGCACUGAUAGGACAUACGACUUCUUCGCCGGUGACAAUAAUCCAAAUCUUGCAAAACUGCAGGAAAUUUUGAUGACAUACGUUAUGUACAACUUUGAUUUGGGCUACGUUCAGGGUAUGAGCGACCUGCUGGCGCCGAUUUUGUGCCUCGUUCAGAACCAAGCAGACAGUUUUUGGUGCUUUGUGGGUUUUAUGGAUAAAGUUUUCAACAACUUUGACAUCGAUCAAAAGGGAAUGAAACAGCAAUUGGAGCAUCUGCGAACGUUGCUUGCAUUCGUGAAUGAAAAGCUUUACAAAUACCUGACGGACAACCAAUCGGAGAAUAUGUAUUUCUGCUUCCGAUGGCUUCUUGUCUGGUUCAAACGGGAAUUUUCCAAUUCAGAUAUUAUGCACCUAUGGGAAGUGCUAUGGACUGGACUUCCAUGCCCGAACUUCCAUCUAUUCAUUUGUGUAGCCAUUCUCGAUCAGGAGAUGGACAUUUUCAUAAACGGGCAAUUCACAUUCACCGAGAUCCUCAAACAUGUGAAUGAGCUGUCUGGUAACUUGAAUGUGACGGCCGUUCUGGAGCAAGCGGAAAGCAUCUAUCUCCAGGUGAAGAAAACGUUGGACUCGUCAAAAGAACCACACUUGGAGCUUCGCAAAAUUAUCGGAGAGAAAGUGAGUCCAGAUGGAACCGGAAGCACCGGUAGUGAUGAGGAUGACGAUAGUUGUAUGUCAAUUGUGAACGAUAAAUCUUCGGAAGAUCAGGAAAUGAUGCAGCGAAAGAUUGAUGAGGCUUGUGAUAUGUCGCUGAGCUUUGCGUUUUUCUAGACGGCGGCAGCGAAGCGAUUGUAUUUUUUAAAUUUCCUAUCCUAUACCUAAUAUGUUUAUUCGAUGAAUUCGGAAAUAAAUGGACGAUUGGACUUUAUUUGUAGGUAGAGGCAUACUUUUCUUAAUUUUGUAGUUAAUGGAAGUAGUAGUGCUCAGCAUCAAUGUACUUUCGAGAU